AUGGCAGAGGUGGGCAAGGACGCCACACUGCCCUGCUCCCUGCACCCAGCCAUGAGUGCAGAGGACAUGGAGCUGAGGUGGUUCCGGUCCGACACCUUGGAGUCUGUGUUCAUCUAUCAAGACCGGCAGGAGAAGAGUGAAGAGCUGACGUUCCAGUAUGCAGGGCGGACCUCACUGUUGGGAGAAUUACUCAGUGAGGGGGAGGCUGCUGUGAUCAUCCACAAGGUCCAGGCUUCUGACAAAGGGCUGUAUAUCUGCAGCUUCAGAGAUGGAGACUUCUAUGAGGAAGCCAGCAUGGAGCUGAAGGUGGCAGGUAUGGGCUCUGCCCCCCAAGUGCACAUCACCGGGCCAGAGGAGGACGGGGUGCGCGUGGUGUGCAGGGCCUCAGGCUGGUUCCCGGAGCCGCAGGUGCAGUGGAGAGACCCCCGCGGUGAGCAGCUCCUGGGGUUCUCCCAGGCCCAGGCCCAGGACCCUCAGGAGCUGUUCAGCGUGGAGACCGCCCUGGUGGUGAGAGACAGCGCUGUGGGGAGCGUGACCUGCUCCAUCCUCAACCCCACCCUGGGCCAGGAGAAGGCCAUGGCCAUGGUCAUGCCAGAGCCCUUCUUCCCCCGGGUCUCCCCCUGGAAGCCGGCUCUCCUGGUCAUCCUGCCCUUGCUGCUGGUCUUGCUCCUGGGGGCUGCCUGCUGCACCUGGAGAGAACAUUCCACACGGAUGCGGGAGCUGCAGGAACAGGAGAGUCUGCACCUGGCUAAGGAGGAGGACAGACAGGCCAGGGAGGAGGCCCUGAAGGACACAGCUGCGCUCCAGGCAAUUCUAGCCCAGAGGAAGGUCUCUUACAUGGCUGGCUGGAGGAAGGCCCAGCUGUAUGCAGGUGAGUGGCCCUGA